CAGUUGGAAGCUGAAACCCGCUAUAAACCCUAGAGCCGAGCCCGACAGACUCCAUGACACAGGCGCUAAAGAUCUUCUAAGCUGGACCUGGUGAAGCUUCCGCUUAAGCAGAAUGAUGCAAGCGAAGGCUAAUGAAAUUCGAUGUUCCAGGAAUUACUCACACUGAAAAGAACACUGUCAAGGCCGAGACGGAAGGGAAGUCUGUUGUGGGGAAAUUUCGGUCGGUGUCUCGAGUCCUCCCAGAAGCACACCGCGAUUUGACUGGUGACAGUUUUGUCGUGACGACCGACAGUCCGAGAAACUUGCCCCAGAAGGUCGUCUGGCCGGGGAGGGGGGCUUUGCAGCAGCACUUGGAGCUCUGGGAGCAUUUCCCGGUAAUAGUGAAUCCGCUUACCCUAACACGGCAUGACAGCCUCGAAGAACCUGUUGAAUUAAAACUAGAUAAUCCCAGUCAGAAUCGCAUUACGGUAAACGGACGCCAGUGUGCAUCGAGAAUUGUGCGCUUAUCUCUGAGUCCAGAAGUUUGGCCUCUCCUAACAUCGAGCGCACUGUUGGUGAUCGUGAUUACCGAGCUCGUAACACAUGCUCUGCCCAUCCUACUCGUCCUGUGAGCGCGGUCGGUCUUCUGCCGCAGUGAAAGUCUGGGCGUUGCUCGCUGGUACUGAUAGUAGUGCUAGUACUGCUGCUGCUGCUUCGGGUGGCCAGCAUUUCCAAAAUCAUCAGGACUGGCGUACUCAAAUCAAAGAAUGAUGCUCACCAUGUCGCUAGCGUGUGGUAAGUGGGGCUGCUCGAAGUGGGGCGCUGCAAUGAGAGCGAAUCUGUAAAGGUUUUGAGUUUGAGUGAAGGUGUAGAGAAAGUUGGAGAUCGGCCUCAGAUUAUUCGGGCGAUUGAAGCUGAAAUGGUGUCUUUGUGACAAAUUAUACGUAGUGGAGCACAGCAUUGUUUGGUGUGCCUGCCCACCACACCUCACCAUCAUCUCCACUUGUACUUCCUCCACCUGGUUGAGCAGAGAUUGGCCAUUUUCUGCUGCUCGUGAAAGUGAGAAAGCUGGAAUUUCCAUCAAUUACAAUCAGCCGAGCCAAUCAAGACCUCGAGUAGCAGCAGGUCCAAGGUACUCUUCUUGCUCCUCCCCUGAGUCACACAGAGUCAGCACCGGUGUGGUCUCCGUGUCUCACCUCAGCUUUGAAGAACAGGGCAUCAUUCCCGGUCACAGAAACUCCACUCCCUCGUUGUCCUCGUCUCGAUCAGCUGUAGGGUUCGGGGAGCUGCGAGUGCUUCGACUUCAUUCUUCUGCAGUUUCCACCAUAGGGCCUAAGAAGCAAGAAGCAAUGAAGAAAGGAACGACGGUUUGGAAGGAGAAGAAACGAGGCAGAAGCGUGUCCACUGCUGCCGAGGUGAGCACGGCAAAUGCCGAAUCGGCUGCAGCUGCAAGGAAGGAAAACGAUGGCUCUGUUUCUGCUGGUGAACCCUCUGGAGGAGCUUCAUCAGCACCAGCACCUGCAUCGGACUCAGCUUCACCUGCUGAUCAGCAAUCAAUAGUGACUCCCUCGGAGAGCUCUUCCAAGACACUGGACGUCGACACAAUGCUGCUGCGCUUUCUUGUUGGGAAAGGAGGCAGCACCAAGGACAAGAUACAGAAAGAUUGUGGAGUGAAGCUCAAGGUUCCUUCCACCCACGAGGCGAAAACCUCAAAGUCUGGAUGCUCUGUUGUUAUCACAGGCUCUGCAGCUGGAAUUGAAGCUGCCGAGAAGCAGAUCAAAGCUAUCCUGGACGAGGCCGUGCAGAGCAAACUGCAGUAUACUCACUUCAUUUCUCUUCCCCUCGCCACCCACCCGGAUCUGCUGGAACAAGUCGAAAAGUUCCAGGAGAGGAUCUUAGCUCGGAAUCAGCAGACUUCCUCGAGCGGGGAAUCGAGCGUGUCUGAUGAAGACAAGGUCGAUGCCAUGGACACCGAGAAAGGAGUCAGCGAGGAGGAGUCGAAGAGCCCCAAGGCUGCAAAUGCGGAGGUAGAGAAAGGCUUGAAUGAGAAUGGAGCGACGAGCCCCGAGGCUGAAAAUCUGGAGAAGAAAGAGAAGGGUAUGACUGAGAGAGAGAUCGCAAGUCCGAAGGCCGCAACUUUAGAUGCAGAGAAGAAGGUCGUCACGGGCUCCACUGUUGAAGAUAUGGAUGUUGAGAAAGUCGUCGUUGUGGAGGAGGGGAAAAGCUUGGAGGCUGACAUUAUGAAUUUGGAGAAAGGGAUUCUCGAGGAGGAGAAGGUAUGCAAAGAGGAGGUUCUAGAUAUGGAGAAAGGGGUCACAGAAGAAGCUAAGACAGCUGCUCUUAACAAAUCAGGGAUUGAUAAGUCCAUAUUCGUGAAGCCACGCACUUUUCACCUCACAGUGCUGAUGUUGAAGCUGUGGAACGAAGAGCGUGUGCAAGCGGCAUCUGAGGUGCUGGAAAAGACCAUGGCCUCCGUGCACGAAGCCUUGGAAGGAAAACCCGUAGUUCUGGACAUCCAAGGCGUGCAGACUAUGAAAGGCAAGCGCGAAAAGGCUCAUGUUUUGUUUGCACGGGUCGAGAACUCUGCCGAGAAGGACAGGCUAAUGCAGGCUUGCCAGGUUCUGAUCGACGCAUACGUUGAGUCAGGUCUCGUCAUGGAAAAGGACAUCGGUCAGCCCCUGAAGCUCCAUGCAACCUUGAUGAACACUACCCAUCGUACCGUGAAGAAAAAUCUCAGGUUUGGGAAACGCAUCCCCUUCGACGCAACCGAGAUUUUGGAGCAGUACGGGCAGUGGAAGUGGGGUGAGUUUGCCAUUCAGGAAGCUCAUCUUUCUCAGAGGUUUGUGUAUGGCGAGAAUGGCUACUAUCAUUGUGUAAAGUCGAUACCACUUCCAGGGGCAGUCGACAAAGUCGAUACCACCCCGGACACAGGUUCUCUUUAGCUCAGCAGGAGAGGAACAGGAUUCUACAUGACUCUCUCCAUUACACAGGAAGAAUAAGUCGGCUGACAUUCUUUUCCGUAUUGUUGUAGCAUAGGAUAUUUUCAGGAGUACAAGUAGGAUUAGACACCAGGGAAAUUCAUGAAGUUGCAUCUUUGUAUAGAAUUUUGUUCUAGAAGCAAUCUUCUUCCCUUAGGCACAGCCUAAGAAGUUAAAUCACAUGGAGGAUGGUAUUUAGCAAUAGCUGGCCAUGAUCUGUCUGGUGAUACUUGUGUGCGCUCCUAGUUAGAGUUGGGUGUAGCCCAAUGAUUCCGUAGCUGUUCAAAUCAUGUGAUGGUCGCUGCUCACGCUUUCUUAUGCAAAGCAUUGGAUAUGCAAACAAAGUGGAAAUAGAUAUGUUUUG